AAAACACAGACUGUUGUGACUGUGUGAAGCUGCAGUUCGGUCGUGUGACCGCAGUGGCGCUGCUGCAGCAGUUAUACUGCCUCCAUGUGUUAUUUGCAUUUCAACUGCACUGGAGGACGAGGAGCUUUGAUUUACUGCGCCCGUCCAGCAGCCAGGCUGCAGUGCUGUAGCUCGCGGCUUUCAUCCUCUGGUUUGGAUGUUCGUGAUGCCCUGAUGAGGGAUAUAACCAGAGCUGGAGUAAGUCACUCUGGAUUAGACCUUCUGCUGACAGUUUCCACAGACUUUAAUCACAUAAUCACAGCACAGUGACUGAUACCAGUAUCUGUUUACAACUGACACAGUAUACACCACUGCAUGGAUCUCCACACCUGCCAAUGUCAUAGUCGUUUCUUUCUCAUAUGACUGAUUUAAAAGAAACAGCUGGUAGUUUAAAUUGUGAAUGAAAACACAAAUUCAUUUCACUGUAUGUGUACUGUAUAUAUGUUCCAGACCACUCUGUAAAGUGCAUUUCCUCAAAGCUCCCUUGGUAAUGGAGUUCAACUUUACUUGUAAUGUUUGGUUUCCUCAACCUGUGGCAAGAAAUAUGUAAAUAUUAGACAAAUAAGAUAAAAUUAACCAAGAGAUAAACCGUCGUAGAGUUAAACAAAAGAUAACUGAAAGUUGGUUGAAAAAAAUGUAAAAUGUUACUUAGCAAAAAAUAGCUAAAAUAAACAAAAAGAGAACUAACUAGUAAGCCUAAAUGAUAGAGCAAUAAACGUUAGCCAAAAAUAUACAAGGUUUAGAAGAUAAACAUGUUACAACCCUGACAAAGAAUAAAAUAGACAAAAGGGACAAAAUAGACUGAAAUAAAUACAUUUAAGUAAAAACAACUGCCAAAAUAACUACAGAAAGCUAAAGGGUCUAAAUAAAGUUCUGAACUUGUAAUACGAUCACACCAAUUGAAUUCACUAUUAUAUUUGCAGUUAAACAUAAUAAAUACAAACGCACAAUGAAGCAUAUUAGUACAACACAGAAGCCAUGAGUAAAUGAUUGAAUGGAACAUUCAUUUCAAAAUGGUAUUUCAGCCAAACAUUCAGCAAUGAAUAAAAGCUGAAUAAUUUUCGUUUUCGGAUAAUGUUAUGCAUUUUCAAUAUAGAUAUCUACUAUGUAAUAUUUAUAAAGAGAAGGAUUUAGUAUCAAUAACCCAUAUCCCACCCACCGUGUACUAUUGUCUUCGACCUGUGAAGAACACGUACUGCAGAGGGGUGUGGGAGGUGGUCCGCGCCACAUAAAAAAUCUGUUAUUGACUUUAACAACGCAUAUAUGUCAGUGGUUUUAUAUUCACUCUUAGCGUUUAUGUAUCAUCAAAAAUAAAUAAUGUAUUUGUCUUAGCCGUAGCGCAAAGAGGGUCAUUUAGUCAGACUUGCCCCCCCUCACUGCGGUUAUGUUGGUACUGUCCGUAUUAUGAAGCGGUACUGUCCCUCUCUCCGCACUUCAGCGUAGACCCACGUCCACUCCUUCCAAGUGUCGGCGUGUGUUUCCUCUUCAACGACCGUGAGAAACAGGGAUGCUGGCGGGGGAACCAUGAAGCCCCUGCGUCUCUCACUACACCAACAGGAAACAAACACGGGAGCCGCCGCCGCAGCAGCAGGAGAAACUAACGGUCGUCUGACAGGUGCCGUCGCCCGGCUCUGCACCCACAGAGAUGCCACCCGUCCAGAGAACCAUGUCUGAUCUUCGUACUCGGGCAGAGGGAUACGAAAAGACUGAGGACACUUCAGAGAAAACGUCCUUAGCUGACCAGGAAGAUGCCCGACUCAUAUACCUCAACCAGCCCCAGUUCACAAAGUUCUGCACCAACAGAGUCAGCACGGCUAAAUAUAAUGUCCUCACCUUCCUUCCACGGUUCCUCUACUCCCAGUUCAGAAGAGCAGCCAAUGCCUUCUUCCUCUUCAUCGCACUCCUGCAGCAAAUCCCAGACGUGUCUCCAACUGGUCGUUGGACCACCUUAGUACCGCUGCUCUUCAUUCUGGUGGUUGCUGCAGUUAAGGAAGUCAUUGAGGAUCUGAAACGUCACAAGGCUGACAAUGUUGUCAACAAAAAGGAAUGCCAAGUUCUGAGGAACCGAGCCUGGGAAAUUGUGCACUGGGAGAAGGUGGCUGUUGGGGAAGUAGUCAGAGCUGCAAACGGGGAUCACCUCCCGGCUGACCUCGUCAUUCUGUCGUCCAGUGAACCACAGGGAAUGUGCUACAUUGAAACCUCAAACCUUGAUGGAGAAACAAACCUGAAAAUUAGACAGGGUCUCCCCCUGACUGCAGAAAUCAAGGACAUCGAUGGUCUGGUCCAUCUCUCUGGGAAGAUGGAGUGUGAAAGUCCAAAUCGUCAUCUGUACGAGUUUGUGGGCAACAUUCGGUUGGAUGGACAAAGCACUGUACCACUGGGCCCAGACCAGAUCUUGCUGAGAGGAGCUCAGCUGAGGAACACUCAGUGGGUCCACGGUGUGGUGGUUUACACUGGGCACGACACCAAGCUCAUGCAGAAUUCCACUCGGCCCCCUCUGAAGCUCUCCAACGUGGAGCGCAUCACCAACUUCCAGAUCUUGGUGCUGUUUGGCUGCCUGCUGGCCAUCUCUCUGGUCUGCUCCAUUGGUCAAACCAUCUGGAAGUACCAGUACGGGAAUGACGCCUGGUACAUGGACCUGAACUCUCCAGAUGGAGGAGCUGCUAACUUCGGCCUGAACUUUCUCACCUUCAUCAUUCUCUUCAACAACCUGAUCCCCAUCAGUCUCCUGGUCACACUGGAGGUCAUCAAGUUCAUCCAGGCGUUUUUCAUCAACUGGGACACGGAUAUGCACUACGAGCCCACGAACACUCCAGCCAUGGCUCGGACCUCUAACCUCAAUGAAGAACUGGGCCAGGUGAAAUACAUUUUCUCUGACAAGACCGGAACUCUGACCUGCAACGUCAUGCAGUUCAAGAAGUGCACCAUCGCCGGGGUGGCUUAUGGUCACGUCUCUGAUGCAGAGGAGGCUAGUUAUACUGAGGACGACUGCCACAGCGCACACUCAUCAGAGGAAGCGGGAUUUAACGACCCCAGCUUACAGGAAAACCUCCAAAGUAAUCAUCCCACCGCUGCUGUCAUCCUGGAGUUCAUGACCAUGAUGGCCAUCUGUCACACCGCAGUCCCUGAAAGAACGGAGGGAAAAAUCAGCUACCAGGCCGCAUCGCCAGAUGAAGGAGCUCUGGUGAGAGCAGCGAGGAACCUGGGAUUUGUGUUUUCUGGAAGAACUCCUGACAGUGUCUUUGUGGAAAUACUGGGAACAGAGGAGAAGUACAGACUUCUUCAUGUGCUAGAGUUCACAAGUGUGAGGAAGAGGAUGUCAGUCAUCAUGAGAACUCCUUCUGGGAAGAUCCGUCUCUACUGUAAAGGAGCUGACACGGUGAUCUAUGAUCGUCUGGCCGACAGCUCCAGGUACAAGGAGAUCACACUCAAGCACCUGGAGCAGUUCGCUACCGAGGGACUGAGGACUCUGUGCUUUGCCGUGGCUGACAUCAGUGAGUCGUCCUAUCAGCAGUGGCAGGAGAUUUACCACAGAGCCAGCACCUCACUGCAGAACCGAGCCCUGAAAAUGGAGGAGAGCUACGAGUUGAUCGAAAAGAACCUGCAACUCCUGGGGGCCACGGCCAUCGAGGACAAGCUCCAGGACAAAGUUCCAGAGACGAUAGAAACCCUGAUGAAGGCCGACAUCAAGAUCUGGAUCCUGACUGGAGACAAACAGGAAACAGCCAUCAAUAUUGGUCAUUCCUGCAAACUGCUGACCAAGAACAUGGGCAUGCUGGUCCUCAAUGAAGACACUCUUGAUGGAACCAGGGAACUACUGAGCCAUCACUGUGGAAUGCUGGGAGAUGCCCUCUACAAGGAGAACGACUUUGCUCUGAUUAUCGAUGGAAAGACUCUGAAAUACGCUCUGUCGUUCGGUGUGAGGCAGUACUUCCUGGACCUGGCUCUCUCAUGUAAAGCUGUCAUUUGCUGCAGAGUGUCUCCUCUUCAAAAGUCGGACGUGGUGGAGAUGGUCAAGAAGCAGGUGAAGGUCAUUACUCUGGCCAUCGGUGACGGCGCUAACGAUGUGGGGAUGAUCCAGACGGCUCAUGUCGGAGUGGGAAUCUCAGGCAAUGAAGGCCUGCAGGCGGCGAACUCGUCGGACUACUCCAUCGCUCAGUUCAAGUACCUGAAGAAUCUGCUCCUCGUCCACGGAGCGUGGAAUUACAACCGUGUGGCCAAGUGUAUCCUGUACUGCUUCUACAAGAACAUCGUCCUCUACAUCAUUGAGAUCUGGUUUGCCUUUGUCAAUGGCUUCUCUGGUCAGAUUCUGUUUGAACGGUGGUGCAUCGGCCUGUACAAUGUGCUCUUCACAGCCCUCCCUCCUCUCACUCUGGGAAUAUUCGAACGUUCCUGCAGGAAGGAGAAUAUGCUGAAAUAUCCCGAACUGUACAAAACCUCCCAGAAUGCCAUGGGUUUCAACACCAAGGUCUUCUGGGCCCAUUGUCUGAACGGCCUCUUCCAUUCUGUCAUUCUCUUCUGGUUCCCUCUUCAGGCCUUCCGACACGAUACAGUCUUUGGCAACGGCAGAACCCCCGACUAUCUGCUCUUAGGCAACAUGGUUUACACAUUCGUCGUCAUCACAGUUUGUCUAAAAGCUGGUCUUGAAACUUCAUCGUGGACUAUGUUCAGUCACAUUGCCAUAUGGGGCAGCAUUGGUCUGUGGGUGGUUUUCUUCAUUAUUUAUUCCUCGCUGUGGCCGCUCAUCCCUCUGGCUCCAGACAUGUCAGGAGAGGCUAGCAUGAUGUUUAGCUCCGGCAUCUUCUGGACGGGCCUGGUCUUCAUCCCCAUCACCUCUCUGGUCUUUGACGUGGCCUACAAAGUGGUGAAGAAGGUGUGUUUCAAGACUCUGGUGGAUGAAGUCCAGGAGCUGGAGGCCUUGUCCAAAGACCCUGGAGCCGUGGUGCACGGAAAGAGUCUGACAGAGAGAGCUCAGCUCCUGAAGAACGUCUUCAAGAAGAGUACAGUCAGUUUGUACCGCUCCGAGUCCAUGCAGCAGAACCUCCUCCACGGCUACGCCUUCUCUCAAGACGAGAACGGAGUGGUGUCUCAGUCCGAGGUAAUCAGAGCCUACGACACCACCAAGCAGAGAACCAGCGAGUGGUGAGCCCACGGCUCCUCCUCCUUCACUGGCCAAUCAGAAGCCACAGUGGCCGUUUAACAGUGGUGAUGUUUGAAUCUAAAGUGAAGUGAAGCGCAAGGUGCUGGAGGAUGUGGCUCCAGCUUUGAUGGAGGAUUUUGGGACAUGAUUGUGAAAAAGGACAGAGGAAAGUGAUGUUUAAUUAAGCUGAAGAAAAAUGUCUAAGGUAAGAACGGUGAGGAACAAAAAGAACCUUCACUCUCACUAUCAGCUGUAAUCGUGUUUCCAGACAUAACAAGCACUGUGCUUUUUUUUUUUUUUUUGCUUUUUUUUUUAAGCAGUCUGAAUUUCUCCACUCUUCUGUCAAUGUCAACGAAAACCGAUCACCCAACACUGAGCCGAAAAUCACUUCAAAAUCUAAACCAAACACUGGUAUAAAUGUCAAAAGCACUGGCUCAAGAUUUGAUUUUUUAGAUUUGGAAUUGUGAGAGAGAGAUUGCCAAAGAGCAGUUGUGAAUACAAUCUUUUACCUAUUUGUGAAUUAGACAAAAAACUCUCCACCAAAAACAAUCUCCCUCCUGAUUCAGUUCCAGCUCUGCCUGGACCUCUUCGCACGAGACCUGUCUUUCAUAUUCUUUAGUGUAAGGCCUUACAUUUCGCUCACGCCUCUCUUCAUAUUAUUUUCUAAGUUGAAGCUACGCUUCUGUCGUCGUAUGUAGAUAUCGUGCCUGGUGUCGUUUCGUUUCGAACACUUCUCGGUAGGAAUCGCCUCUGGUCGUACACUGUAGCCCUGUUUAUGUUAGCGUUUCCGCGCCGAACUGUCACUCCUGAGGAACAACAGCAUUCCACACUUCACUUCAUCUCCGAUCUCACGAGGUGCCUACGUACAACUCUUCCCUCAUAGAUGAAAAACUUAGCCAAGAAUUGUUUAUCCAGCUUUAGCUUAGAAUAGCGCUAACACAUACACACACACACACACACACACCUCUGUAGCUGUGAGGAACUUCUAGAUUGUAUGUAAAGAAAGAGACAUUUCCUCCAGGUCUCACAUUUGAAGAGACCUGUAGUUUUUAUUCACAACCAGUAAGGCAGUCUCCAAAAAGUUGUGGUGCCUUCUCUGUCCUAGGAAAAAGGGACCGUGCGAUCGAUGUUAUCCCUGUGAUUGCCCUUAAAUUAUCACAAAAAUUGACAGUUAUCAAGGAAUAAACCUUUGUUUUAAUUGGCCAAAACAUGAAACAGUCAAAAUUUAAAGUUAAAAUUCAUGCAGUGUACAUAAUGAUGCCGGAAAACGAUGAGAUGUAGCAGAAAGGGAAAUUAGUAAAUCCAUGGUUCAAAUAUGUUCUCAAAAAGGGAUAAACCAUGAAGACAGAACCUCUGUCUC